AAGCUUUAGUUAUCGGUGUGUGACACAAUAGAGAUACUAGUUUCAAAAGUUUCGAAUUUCAUUUACUUUUUCAAUGUUUUUUAAAGUUAAUAAAAAUGUUCAUCUUUAGAAAACUUGAAAUUUUAUUGGUAUUUAUAUUUGUGCAUCAUCGGGAAUCAAUUGCUCAACAUGAAGAUCGGUACAUUGCAAUGCUACUAGCAAAGGUGAUAGGCUUUCGACUAUCAAAUGAUACAGCUCCAAAAUCAUAUUCUUUGCAAAUAGAACCUUCUUUUGAAAGUGAAGAAUUUACAUUCGACGGUACAAGUAGAAUAGUUUUUGAAGUGUAUAAUCCAACGCAAGAUGUGACAUUCCAUACUGCUAGUUCAUUAAAAAUUAAUACAACCUAUACGAAAUUGGUUUUCCCUAAUGGCACUGUGUGGGAACCGGUCACUCAGCGGUGGAGUGAAGUUCUUGAGUUUUUUAAUAUUAAAUUUAAAAGCGAAUUACCAAUUGGGCUUUACGUUUUGAAGCUCCAGUGGUCAGGGUAUGAGGCAAAAGAUUAUAAAGGAUUUUAUCGAGGAAGUGAUCGAGAUUCAAAUGGUGAAUUAGCGUACAUGGUGGCAACACAUUUUGAACCAACUGCAGCUCGUAGAGCUUUUCCAUGCUGGGAUGAACCUGGAUUCAAAGCAGAGUUUGAAGUUUCAUUGAAGCACUAUCCUAAUUACACAGCCCUGUCAAAUAUGCCAGUAAAAAGUUUCACAAAUACUACAAACGGUAAAAUUUGGACUAAUUUCAAAAAGUCUCCACCAAUGUCUACAUACCUCGUGACUUUUAUAAUCGCUGCAUAUGAACACUUCACUAAUGACAAAGGGAAUGUGACAUUUUGGACAAGUAAAAGUAACAAAAACAACGUAAGACUGGCUUUUAAUGUAAGUCAAGCAGCAGUAACUGCAAUGGAACAAUAUACUGGUAUAUCAUACUCACUUCCAAAACUAGAUCAAGUAACCAUUCCCCGAUACUCUUCUUCAGCUACUGAACAUUGGGGAGUCAUUAGUUAUCUAACGCAUGCUAUUUCCUUCAAUUCGAACAAAGAUGAUAUCACUGUUCAAGAUCGUGUAAUUCAAUUGACAAUACAUGAAGUAUCUCAUCAGUGGUUCGGUAAUUUAGUGACACCUAUUUGGUGGGAUGAUCUGUGGCUAAAUGAAGCUUUUGCUGUUUAUUUUUCGGGAAAACUCGUUGAUCAGAUAUUGAAAAAUUGGCACGGAAAAAAUUUAUUUGUUGUAGACGUCAUCAAUAGAGUAUCUUUCGUCGCUGAGUUAAUGAUAAGUCAUUCCAUGCCAAUAAAAUGGAAUCCAAAGAGCCCCACCGAUAUUUCGAUGAUAUUCAACAGAGUUACUUAUCGAAAAGGGGCGGCUAUUCUUUAUAUGCUCGAAAAUAUUUUGUCUGAAAAAGUUUUUCAAGAUGGAGUAAGGAAAUAUUUGAAAAGGAAUCAAUUCAGUGGGGUAACAACCAACGAUCUAUUGCAUGCUUUGCAAGAGUCUUAUGAUGAGAAGAGAUUGUUUGCAACGUUGAACAUUCAGGAAUUAAUAGGCCCUUGGCUAAAACAAACAGGCUAUCCAAUUAUAAACGUAACCAGAAAUUAUGAAACUGGAGAUAUAAAUAUUACGCAACACAAUGCAAUGAAAACUAAUCCAGAUAAUUUAUGGAUGAUCCCGCUGACUUUUACAGAUAGUUCAAAACUCAACUUCGAUAACACACAACCUACACAUUGGUUAAGACCAGUCCGUGAAAGCUAUACUCUUCACAAUACCAAUAUAGAUGACUGGGUGAUUUUUAAUAUUAAGCAAAGCGGCUUUUAUCGAGUCCAUUAUGAUUUAAAAAACUGGAAACGCAUUGCUGAUUACCUACACACUGAUAACUUUUACAAAAUAGAUCCAAUUAAUCGCGCACAAUUGAUUUACGAUCUUCACUAUUUUGCGACUAUCGAUGAUCAGUAUUACGAAGUACUUGUUGACGUUGUGUCAUAUAUGUAUAGAGAAACUCACUUUCUUCCUUGGAUACCAACAAUGAAAAUAAUAGAGCUAUUCGAUAAUCUGUUGAUCAAUACUCCGGCUUAUGAUCUGUUUGAAAAGUUUAUGUUGCAUCUUUUGAAUAACAUAGUUAAACAUGUUGGCUUCGAGUAUGAUGAAGGUGAGAAUCAUUUAGUUCAAUUAGCUCGAUAUCAUUUGCUUCCAUGGGCAUGUGCGUUUGGUCACGAAGAAUGCAGAGAAUUCGCUUCGGAAAAAAUUGCAACUCACCUCCAGAAUCCAUAUGACAAUAUAAUAACUCCGAGUGAAGAGAGCUGGAUUUAUUGCAACGGGUUGAGAGUUUCCAAUGAAAGUAUCUGGGAAAACUUGAUGAAUGCACAUCUUGCUAAUCCAUUGGUACAACCUGGAUUGCAGUAUCUUGGAUGCACAAAUAAUCGUAAAUUAAUGAAGAAGUACCUCAUUUUAGCGAUUGCGGAAAACUCAACACUUCUUGGAGAUCAAGUGUCUGACGCAUUUUCGUCAAUUAUGUCCGGAAAACGAGACAACGUUGAUUUCGCUUUAGAUUUCUUCAUCAGUAACAUUGACCAAAUCAGGCAACAUUUUAAUGCAAGAGACUUAACUAAGCAAAUUGAUCGGAUAGCAGUUGAUUUCACUAGAACUAUCAAAAGCCCAGAUCAAUAUGAUAAAUUUGUAGAAUUCGUUACUAAUCAGGAAAAACUCGGCAAAAUGUCAUGGACCGACACGCUGUUAAAAAAGGCCAGGAGGACUAUGUCAUCAAGUGAAAAAAUGUCAUCUAUGUUCCAUCGAAUUAUAGACUCAAAUCCUUCAUUAUUUAAUUUUAUACAUGAACCACUGUAUUCUAAUAAUUACUAAUCAAAUUUAAAGUAUGCAACAAUUCCAUAGUAAAAAAUAUAGUUUUCGUAA